AUGAAUUGGGCAACGAAUGGGUCUCAGGCAACAAAGGCGGCGGCAGCCAUGGAAAGGGAGGAAAAGCGGGAGGAAGAUCUGAUGGGAGCAGAUUGGAAUUGGAGUCUCCCUCUCACACCCUCUGACACCUGCAACGGCUACCAGAGCCUCCUCCCGCUAAUUGGCUCUCUUUUCAUCACCGACACCGAAGUUAGCUGGCGUCUGGCGGGGGUGGUGGUCCGCUGGGGGGAUCUGGAGCUGCUCUUGGUGGCACUUUACUUACCGGCGCAACCGGAAAACAGGGCUCCGUUUUACAGGGACUGUCUGGAGCCUUUCCUGAGCACCUUACCGAAGUUGCAGAAUGUCAUGGUGAUGGGUGACCUAAAUGUGGUGGAGGAUCCAGCGCUGGACAAGUCGUCUUGUGUUGGGUCGGCGGCGGAGAACAGAAGGCUGAUGGGGUUCUGGGCGAACACCCCGCUCACCGACGUCUUCCGUUUUACGCAUCCUGGGAAAAGGGAAUACACUUUCCAUAUGAAAUCCAAAGGGAAGCUGCAGGAGUGGCUCGGGGUUAAUGCUGAAUUGGAUGGGGAGGCAACGACUGGUUUCCUGUCCGGGAAGGUGAAAGUGCAUAAGGCCAAGACGGAAAUGUCAGCUGUUCUUUUCAAGGGGAAAACUCACCUGGGCGCGAGGGAGGUGCUCGCGGCGGCGACGGAUUUCUUCAAAGACUCCUUUGGCGGACGUGGGGAGGCGGACGCCAGUGUGACGGAGCCAGUGGUUAUGAAUCGGACGCUCUGUGACGCUAGUCGGGCUGCACUUAGCGUGCCAUGGUCGGAGGAGGAGGUCCGGACGGCGGUGCGUGAGCUUGCUCCAGGGAAGUCCCCCGGCCAGGACGGUCUUCCCAAGGAGCUGUUCGAGCAUAAUUGGGACCUGCUUGGUCCAGUGCUGAUGAAGUUCGUCGGGGACUUCACGCGUUCGGCGGAACUCCCACGGGAAAUCUCUACUGCGGUCACGAUCCUGUUACACAAAAAGGGGAGUAAGGAGGAGCUUGGGAACUAUCGGCCCAUCACGCUGCUAAGCACGGUCUACAAGGUGCUGGCGAAGGUCAUGGUGACAAGGCUAAAUAGGGUUCUGCAUGAGGUGAUUUCGGAGGACCAGGUGGGGUUCUUACCUGGCAGGAAGCUGGCAGAUGCGGUCGCGGUGGUAGCAGACGCGGUUGAGGCUGGAGCCAGCGGCGGGGAGGACUGGUUCCUCCUGAUGGUUGACUUUCAGAAGGCCUUCGACUCCAUCUCGAGGCCUUUCCUCUUCCGUACACUGCGAGGGAUGGGCAUCCCGGAGAACUUCGUGUCUUGGGCGAAAGGCCUGCACACAGGCGCGGGAACGAGGUUGCAUAUUAACGGAUGGACAGGCGACAGGGUUGCGGUGGAGAGAGGGGUGCGGCAAGGCUGCCCGCUGGCGCCGUACCUGUUUUUAUGCGCGGUGGAGCCACUCUGUCAGGAGUUUGCGCGGCGAAGACUGGGUGUCGGCGACGGCGGGGCAGAGAGGCUGGCAUAUCUGGGUUAUGCUGACGACACAUCGCUUCUGCUGAACGGGGAGGAGCAACUGGCUGUUGCAGCUGAAGUGUUGGAAAACUUUGGGGAGGCAUCGGGGCUGAAAGUGAACAAAGAUAAGACGGUGGUCUUUCCGCUUGGAGUGAACAGAGGGAGACUCCCACCGGCGGACCUGCAGUACAAAUGGGCCGAUAAAGAUGCACCGGAGAGAUUGCUGGGUGUCUGGAUCACCCCAAACGGCGACCCGCUUCCGUCCUGGAAAAAGGCGUUAGAAAGGGCGCGCAAGGAAUUGGCCAAAUGGGAGAUUCAUCACUUAACAACGUCGGCGAGAGUCACGAUAAUCAACGGGUACAUCUCGCCCAUCUUCAUGUUUCAAGCAUACAUUUACCCGCCUCCAGAGGAGAUAUGGUCGAAGAUCAAGGCGACGGAAGAAAAGGCCUUCAUUCUCUGGAAUUACGAGCUGGUCUGUACACGAAGGGAGGAGGGGGGGCUGGGGAUGAUCUGCCCCAAAAAACGGUUUGAGAGCAUAGCAGUGCAGAACGUCGGGCGCAUGAUGCUGCAAGCAAACCCGAUCAAGAAGUGGUUGACGGAGCGGGCGGCGGCGUUGCCUCUGGGUCCGGAUACGAUAUAUGCUCACCAAUCCCUGCUGAAGCACUGGGCGGAGGGAAGCAAGCGGUGGAAAGACAUGGUGCAAGCAUUCUGGAAAUCCCCCUUUUGCGUCACCCCGGAGCCGGAAAAUCGCUGGGAGGUGGAGCGCGAGCGGUUAGCUUUCAACAGACGUAUACCUUUCCGGGGAGCCAGUCCGUUUGGGAACCAGAAAGGCUCGGCGUGUUUGCUGGAUCUGACGAUGGGAGAUCUGAUCUGGCGCCGGCCGGAUGGCUCGCGGGGGCUGAAAGACGAGGGCACCUUGGUGAACGAACUUGGCAGUGUGGAGGCGGCGAAGCUGGCCUUGAAGGCUUUCGGAGCGGCGCCGGCCAGGUGGAGAGAGCUGGUGUUGGAACCCCUGACGAGCGAGGAAUUUGCGGCUAAAGUUCCUCUACUGCGGUAUCAGAGGGACGCUGCUUCACGCCCUACACUCUGGAAAGUCACCGGCACGGACAGCGGUAGGGUGACGGGGGUGAUGUGCCAGGAAGGCGAUGAUGGUACUUUCACGGCUGGAAGCGGGAGAUACCCGGUUAACUUUGGGCUGCACAGUGGGGAGCCGGUAGCGGCUGCCGGCAACAAGGCGUUGGGGGUGAUGGGCGAGACGAGAACAAAACUCCUGCAGUCUAAGCUAUGCAAGGACGGGGUGGUGGUGCCGCUGAAGGAGAUCAGGACGGGGCUAGUUAGCUCGGCAGGCACUGUGAAAGAGCAGAGGAGCCCACCGAAGGGGUUUCAGCCCACCGAAGGGGUUUCAGCCCCCGCCCUCCCAGCCAUGGGGAUUCAUCCCCUCCCCCUUCCCCCUUGUCAACCAGGCAAUGGCAUGGCAGACAUCAUGCCACAUCAGUGCACAUGA